AUGCCUCCAUGUAACCCGCAGGCCGGCACCUACCUCAGCAGUGCGCCUCCAGCCUUCCACUGCGAGCUCCUUUACGAUCCAUGGGCGCAACCACCCUUCACCCAUGCGCGCACAGUCCGGCCACGCGUUGGCAGAGGCGGCUAUGCAGCAGCAGCGCGUGCACGAGUACAACAGCGAAUGAGUCAGCCCGCCAAGGAAGAGAAGCCUCUGGACGUCAUGACCGAUUUCGUGGCGAGACAGCCCUACGACUCAUCACCCCGCGCCAUGAUGCCUCGUCGUUCCGCAAAUGGUACACCAGGGCUUGCGCCAAAACGGCUGCCCUCGGCAAAUCCUGCUUAG